CUGCUAUAUUCUGGUUUUUAGUGAAUGACAGGCUUAGAAAAUUCACAAAUGUAAGCCGGCAAAUCAAUUAAUAAUCCGAUUUGCUAAUUGCAGGCAACAAAUUUGAAUUAAUCCGAAUUCACAUUUUGAUUUCUAUCAUUAGGAAAUGAUCCCAUUUUGAACUGCUAAAUCCCGAGUCAUAGCAGCCAACAGGAGCAAAAUUCGUUUCCAAAAUGGAAGACGAAAUACAAAAUUUGCAGACACCCUUCAUUCAAAAAGACAACAACCAUGAACCACAAAAUCAGCAAAAUGCAGAAAGUCAAACAUCAGAAAAUCUGCCGGAAAAUUCUCCGGUGAGACAGGUGGCAAUGACAGUCCCUACAACAGACGAUCCUAACCUACCAGCACUAACAUUCAGAACAUGGGUUUUAGGGAUACUUUCAUGUGUAAUAUUAUCAUUCCUGAAUCAAUUCUUCUGGUACAGAACAGAACCACUCAGUAUUACUGGAAUUGCAGCUCAAAUUGCGGUUGUACCACUCGGGCAUUGGAUGGGUUCUAACCUACCUAACCGCGUCUUUCUACAAGGGACGCGGUUGGAGUUUUCGCUUAAUCCGGGUGCUUUUAAUGUGAAAGAGCAUGUACUUAUCACCAUUUUGGCUAAUUCUGGGGCUGGAAAUGUUUAUGCUAUUCAUGUUGUUACUGCUGUUAAAGUGUUUUACAAGAAGGAAAUUAGCUUUUAUGUUUCAUUGCUUGUUGUUUUAACUACCCAGGUUUUGGGGUUUGGAUGGGCUGGGAUUUUCCGGCGUUAUUUGGUGGAGCCAGCUGAAAUGUGGUGGCCGGCUAAUCUAGUACAAGUUUCCUUGUUCAGGGCCUUGCACGAGAAAGAAGAACGGCCCAAAGGUGGUCUAACUCGGACCCAAUUCUUCCUAAUAGCCUUCAUUUGCAGCUUUGCAUACUACAUCUUCCCAGGCUACUUUUUCCAAAUGCUAACAUCCCUUUCCUGGAUAUGUUGGCUUUGGCCCAAAUCCAUACUAGCCCAACAGCUUGGUUCUGGGCUACACGGGCUUGGAAUCGGCGCAUUUGGGCUAGACUGGUCCACCAUAUCAUCCUAUCUUGGAAGCCCACUUGCAAGCCCAUGGUUUGCCACAGCUAAUGUGGCUGUUGGAUAUGUGAUUCUCAUGUAUGUGGUUGUUCCAAUUACAUAUUGGAUGAAUGUUUACAAAGCUAAAACUUUUCCCAUAUUUUCAAAUCACCUCUUCACAUCAACAGGCUCAGUAUACAAUGUCUCUGCAAUUGUUGACUCGAAUUUCCACUUCAAUGAGGAGGCUUAUGGGAAACAAGGUCCUCUUUAUCUUAGUACCUUCUUUGCCAUGACUUAUGGGGUUGGAUUUGCAGCUUUAAGUGCCACUAUUGUGCAUGUAGCACUCUUUCAUGGCAGGGAAAUAUGGAAGCAAAGCAGGGCAAGUUUUAAAGAGAAGAAAAUGGACAUACAUUCAAAGCUUAUGAGAAGGUAUAAGGAAGUUCCUGAUUGGUGGUUUUGGGUUAUCCUGGUAGUAAGCAUUGUGGCAUCUAUCUUUGCCUGUGAGUACUACAAAGAACAACUACAGUUACCAUGGUGGGGUGUUCUGCUUGCUUGUGCCCUUGCAUUCAUCUUCACACUUCCCAUUGGGGUUAUAACUGCUAUCGCGAAUCAGUCACCACAUUUGAACAUCAUUACUGAAUACAUAAUGGGAUACAUCUACCCUGGAUAUCCAGUAGCAAAUAUGUGCUUCAAGGUUUAUGGAAACAUUAGCAUGAAACAAGCUGUUACCUUCUUGCAAGACUUCAAACUCGGCCAUUACAUGAAAAUUCCACCCAGAUCAAUGUUUAUUGCACAGGUAGUAGGAACCCUGGUAUCUAGUUUAGUAUACCUUUGUACUGCAUGGUGGCUCAUGGAAACAAUUCCAGAUAUUUGUGAAAGAAAAUCAUCAAACAGUGUCUGGACUUGUCCUGGAGACACAGUAUUCUACGAUGCAUCAGUCAUAUGGGGUUUAGUCGGACCUCGAAAAAUCUUCGGAGAUGAAGGCAUUUAUGGAGAAAUCAAUUGGUUUUUCCUUGUAGGAGCAAUUGCACCAAUUUUAGUUUGGGUUGCAACAAAGGCCUUCCCUAACAAAGAAUGGAUUAGGCUAAUUAACAUGCCAAUCUUAAUCGGUGCAACUUCGUCUCUACCACCAGCAACUGCAGUGAAUUACAGUACAUGGAUUCUUGUUGGUUUCUUGUCUGGUUAUGUAGCAUUUAGGUAUGCUCCGAAUUGGUGGAAACGCCAUAAUUAUCUGCUUUCGGGUGCACUUGAUGCUGGUUUAGCUUUUAUGGGGGUGGCGUUGUAUCUUUGUUUAGGGUCAGAAGAUCGUAGUAUUAAUUGGUGGGGAAAUGACCUUGAUGGUUGUCCUUAUGCGUCUUGUCCUACUCAAAUAGGUGUCGUGGUUUCAGAUUGCCCUGUUGUUAACUAAUUUAUACUUCUACAUGAUGUAUAAAGUAUUUUUUUUGUACAUUCUUUUGCUUUUCUAUCUGUCAAUUUUCCUCUCACAAGGAGGGUCUUCUAAUGUUCCUUUUUAGUUUUUAUACAUGUAAUUUUCAUCUUAUACAAUACUCCGUAUACAUGAAUGUAAUAAUAUUCCUUCUGGUUAUCAUAACAA